UCGAUAGGGGACUCUUUAAUUGUGUCCAAAGAGCUUCAGGAAGAGUUCUUCCAAACGUUGACUCCUCGUUCUCCUCCACCUGUCUCAGGACUCGUCUCAGACGCUGAGCUCGCCCUGAAGCUCAGAGAGUCGGACGACAUCAUCAAGUCUCCAGAAACCAUCAUCGCCCCCCCGCCGGCGCAGAGGAGGCGCUGCUUCACUUCCUGCUUCCUGUCCAGCGAGGAGUUCCGCUUCCUGUUGCUGCCGGACUUCCUGUGCCUGGCCGUGUCCUACCUGUUCCUGGCCAGCGGUUGCAGCCUGCCCUUCGUGUACCUGGUCCCCUACGCGCUGAGCGCCGGCGUCAGACACCAGCAGGCGGCGUUCCUCAUCUCCAUCCUCGGGGUUCUGGACAUCGUGGGGAACGUCACCUUCGGGUGGCUCACCGACAGGAGGUGUCUGAAAGCGUACCGGCUGCCGUGCUACGUGCUAGCGGUAGCGAUGGAGGGUCUCUGCUGCCUCUUCGUCCCGCUGCUGCGAUCCUUCCAGCUUCUCGUUCCCUUCGCUGUUCUCUACGGAUACUUUGACGGCGCCUACGUGGCUCUGAUCCCGGUGGUGAUCUCGGACGUGGUCGGAGCGCCGUACCUUUCCUCUGCGCUCGGAGUGGUUUACUUCCUGCACGCCAUCCCCUACCUGCUCAGCCCGCCAGUCGGAGGUUGGCUCGUUGACAUCACAGGAAGUUACUCUCCGACGUUCUUCCUCAGCGGCGGCGCCCUGCUGGCCAGCGCCGCCGUGAUCUCUGCGAUCACAGGGAUCCGACGCUGCCGCCGACACCUGAACGCCUCAGAGGACAAGCCACGCCCCCUCUGCCUGCCCGACCAAUCAGAGCGCCCCGUCAGUCCAGCCGGGGCCACGUAGCCUCGGGGGGGAAAUGGGAUUGAAUCCAGACGACGACUUUAAACCCUGAGAAACUGGUUGGGUUUCUGUAACGAUGGACGUCUAAAUGGAUUUAACGAGGGUCUUAACGAGGGUCUUAACGAGCAGGACGACUCGCCUUAGAGGAACUAUGAGAGAGUUUUUGAUGGCAAACUGAAGUUCUCCUCGUCUGAAGAAACGGAGAUAAAUGAAUAAUUAAACCAAAUGUUCUCAUGUUUUUAAUUAUUUAGAGAAACUGAUGAAAUGUGUUUUUGUUUGAAACCUUAAAACUCCGGGUGGAUUAUUUCAGAGGAAUAUCCACAGAGCAGAUUGAACAAAACGACUUUAAAUGAGACCGGUUUGUUUUGAGCUUUAUAAAAUAUAGUGGUUUAAAUAAAUAAAAAAUUGGGAAAAAUUUGAUUUUUAAUAACAUUUUGAAAAAGAUAAAAAUUAAAUACUAAAUGAAUAAAUAACACAUUCUUUACAAAAACAUUUCUGUAUUUGAUUUAGUUUGAGAAGCUGCUGUUGAUGAAAUGUCUCAGGGUUUGAUCCCAGGUAUCUAUGAGCACAGGUACGCCAGGUGAACACGGGUACGCAGGGUGAACACAGGUACGCCAGGUGAACACAGGUGCGCCAGGUGAACACAGGUGCGCCAGGUGAACACAGGUACGCAGGGUGAACACAGGUACGCCAGGUGAACACAGCUGAGCACAGGUGAACACAGGUACGCCAGGUGAACACAGGUACGCCAGGUGAACACAAGUGCGCCAGGUGAACACAGGUGAGCCAGGUGAACACAGGUACGCCAGGUGAGCACAGGUAGCGCAGGUGAACACAGGUACGCCAGGUGAACACAGGUACGCCAGGUGAACACAAGUGCGCCAGGUGAACACAGGUACGCCAGGUGAACACAGGUACGCCAGGUGAACACAAGUGCGCCAGGUGAGCACAGGUGAGCACAGGUGAACACAGGUACAACACAA